CAGGGAAAAAGAAAUUGUUGCAAAAUUAUUUGUUUCUCUGUUAGGGUCAGACUGAGGCUAUUGUUUAUGCUGAGAGUCGGACAUGGAGGGAUCAUGUGCUCAGUAUCCUUCAACAGGUGAGAUGGAGGUGGAACUCAAUCCUACAAGUGAAAAAGCCUGUGAAAUUGUGGCGUUGGAAACCCCUUCAAAGGAUGGUUUAGCAGAACCAGAAGAUGAGGAGCGGACAGUCCCAGCUGCUGGCAUGGUGUUUGACUCUGUCAACAGUGCGCUAGAGUUCUACAGGGGUUACGGGAAGCGGAUGGGUUUUGGAGUUUCAAUUAGAAACUCAACAUUAUCUCGGGACGGGACAUACCAACGGGUGAGAUUGGCUUGUACACGGGAAGGGUUUCCUAGGAGCAAGAACCCAAGGAAGGGUUCAAUUUUUGCAUCACAGAAAGCAGGGUGCAAAGCAAAAAUGACAUUAGUACAGACACUGGACGGAGAUGGGAGUUAUGUGGUAACACUGGUAACGCUAGAACACAGCCACGACCUCAGCCCCUCGAAGGGUCGUCACUUCCGCUGCAAUAGAAGCAUUUCAUUAGGAGUGCGGAGAACACUGGAGAUAAAUGAUAAUGCUGGAAUAAGGGUCUGCCGUAACUAUUUGUCUAUUGUGCAAGAACAUGGUGGUUAUGAAAACAUGGGAUUCAGUGAGAGAGAUUGUAGGAACUAUUUAGACCAACAAAGACAGCUUAGGAUCGCUGAAGGUGAUGGAGAAGCAGUUCGUAGGUACUUUGAAGUAAUGAAAUUCCAAAGUCCCAACUUCUAUAGCAAAAUAGAAGUGGAUUCAGAACGCCGUGUGACCAAUUUGUUUUGGGCGGAUGGAAGGACCCGAGCAACAUACGAAUAUUUCAAUGAUGUUGUUGCCUUCGAUACGACCUACCUCACGAAUAGGUAUGACAUGCCAUUUGCACCAUUUUGUGGAGUCAACCACCACGGCCAAACAAUAAUGCUUGGGUGUGGGUUAUUGGCUAAUGAGACAAUUGAAUCCUUCGUUUGGCUGUUUUCAACAUGGCUGGACUGCAUGGGGGCUGUGCAAAGGUAUAGGGAGCUUGAGAACACAUUCUCAAGCCUCAUCUACCAUUGCAAUGAUCGAAAUGAGUUUGAACAGAAGUGGCAAGUUAUGAUCGAAGAACAUGAUUUAGUCGAGAACCAAUGGUUGAAGGACAUAUUUGAGGAGCGUGAAAUGUGGGCACCACCAUUUCUGACAGAUCACUUUUGGGCUGGGAUGUCUUCAACACAGCGAAGUGAAGGUCUAAAUGCUUUCUUUGAUGGAUUUGUUCAUGGACAAACAACAUUGAAUACUUUUGUGGAACAAUAUGCACUUGCUCAAAGGAGGAAAAUGGAGAAAGAAGCAGAAGCAGAUUUUCAGUCAUAUAAGUCAGUGGUCCAAUGUGUAACUAAAUUGCAUUAUGAGAAACAAUUCCAAGCAGCAUACACGCAGGCAAAGUUCAUCGAAAUUCAAGAAGAAUUGAAAGACAUGUUGGGAAUAUUUCCGGAGGUAGUUGAGGAAGAAGGUCAAUGCAAAAUUUUUCAGUGUGAAGAAGGAAAUGGUGGGAUGGAAAAAGUCACCUUCCACGCUGAGAAAAUUGAAUUCACCUGCACCUGUAGGUGCUUUCAGUUCAGGGGAAUUGUAUGUCGACAUGCAUUUGCUAUGUUACUCCAACAGCGAGUAAAAGAAGUCAACUCAAUAUACAUUUUGGACCGUUGGCGUAAGGAUAUAACGCGAAGGUAUAAUUAUGAAAAUUUUGUUUCCAUUGCUUAUGACAAAAGGCCAGAAAUGGAAAGGUAUGACGAACUUCGUCAUGUAUUAUUGCAUAUCGCUGAGAUUGGGUCUGAAAUCCCGGAAAUGGUGACAUAUGUUAAAAAUAAAGCAACAGAAAUGGUAGAGGUGCUGAGUUCGUGGAAAACAAAUAUAGGAAAUCAACAUGGGAAAGAUGCUAAAAGUUUCAAGAGUAGCACAUCAACGAGGGUGAAGAAGAGAGGGACAAAGGUUCCUAAUUGUCCGAGAACAGUUAAUAAUGACCCUAAUAUUAUAGAAAAACUCCCCGUGAUGAAUCCAACCCAUAAAAAACGUCGUGGGAGGCCAACUAAGAACCGCAUCAAGACAUUGGUCGAGAAGGUUUUUAUGAGAAAGAAGAGGAAGAAGGGAAAUGAAGCAUCGCAGUCAGCUGCUUCUGGUGAACAGGUUGCACAUAAUAAGAGACAAAUUCCAUGUAUAGAAGAGAAUAGGUUUGCAUCAAUGGAGGAGGUUCUUAGAAAUAGCAUUGUGUUUGGAAGCAGAAAUGACUUGGAUGAGUCAACAAAUCCCCAAGACCAAAUUCCAGCAAGAGUAACAAAUUCUAUUGAUACUCCUCCAUCUAAGUCUGGGCCAGUGAACAGAAACGGGCUCCGUCGUAGUACUCGAGUUAUAGAGAUGAAAACAAAAAUCACAUGACUAGAAUUGUAGUUCCAUAUAACAUCACGUUAUUCUAGCAGUUAAUCAAUGUCUUCGUUAGUAUUACAAACUUAUAAGGUCCAAUGAUGAUAUUAUUAGUUUACUAUGUAUGCUAGAUGCCUAGUGUUAAUAUAAUGAUCCUAAAUGAAUUUCAUUGUCAUGA